CUGAGGCUCUGCAAGCGUGCAUCCUUACGCUUGUUUGGAGCAGUCGUGCUUCCGAGUCCUCGCCGCUCAUUUGUAGACCCACCCUGCAGCCGUCGACCGGUGCUACCCUACCCUCGCUUGACCAGCGCUUUCAUGUCAAGUUAUGUAUAAAUUCAUUCGUUACUUCACGUUUGGACUGUUCGUGAUCUGCAAUGUCAUCAUCGCAACAUCGGCCAUAUGGAAUUUGAGCCUCAUUAACGGCUGGGACGCUGGGCGCGAUCUGAGUCUGGCUCGACACUCUGACGGAUAUUCUAUCUUUGUCGGUUGCGCUGGCCUCCUCCUUAUCUUUCCUAUCCUAUUUUGCGAAAUCUCCACCAAGGACAUCUUUUUAACGAAACUGUGGUUUGAGCUGGUAUGGGUUGGACUUUUCUGCACACUGGGACUGGUCGGCGCUGCACUGGCAACUGCAGUGGGAGCUGAUCAUCUCUGCCAGGCGAUGAUUUCUGGCAUUGGCAACCGUCCUGGAUGUAUCUCGAGUCGGUUAUUGCAAGGCUCUUCCUGGACGUGCUCGCUUCUUCUCUUGGUGUACUUUGUGCUUUUGACGAUUUUCACACUGUUGAAAGUCAACGAGGAUCCCACAGUGUGGUAUUGCUACGCCCGGAAGUUCCCCUGGGGUGACGGCCUUUUCGAAUUGCCCAAUUCGCCCUCUGGUGCGGUCACACGGAAGACAUCCAAACUUUCGAAGCUAUCUCUUCGUCGAUUCCGAAGCAGCAAAACCCCAACUAUUGUCGCCCCUCUACCCCGCCGUGCAGCCAAUGAUGCUGUGGUGCGAGAAGCCAUCCUCUCCUAUCGCUCCGGUCUGAGUCUGGAAUACGAGAUCGAGCACUUCCAACACGCAAGGCCGAUCCCACGCCCGGAGCUAGCUAUACUCAUUGAUGAGAGGCCUGGACAGGCGGUCAUGAUGUCCCAGCCCAUGCAAUCUAUGCACGGCACCUCCCUCUAUCCCGAACAUAUGCGUAGAGCACUAGCCGGCACACCACGCACACCACCCCUUGCAUCAAACCCCGAAGCAGAUUAUGUGCCAAACUCCCUGGACCAGCUCCCACCUUCUCCGAAUCCCGUUGGCGACUGGCCGCAACUGAAUCCUCCUGUGCGGCGGCUGGGUGAGAAGCGAAGAACUGGCCAGACCAUUCGUUCGCCUUCUUCACCAUCUCAAGCUACCACUUCUGUGCCAUCUCAGCGUACCCGACCGACUGGACCUCGCCGACCUUCUAUUGACGCCACCACCCGUCUCAAUUCCCAGGCGUCUCCUUUUUCACGGACAGAAGGUUAUCUGUAGGUUACACGAGAACUUCUGGCACAAUCUUCGGGCUAGGUCCCGUCUGUAUUAUCUGUCUUUAUAGUAUUUUUACGGCCUACA